UGCAGGACGUGCCAGUUUCGCACCUGUGCGUCCGUCUUUCGAGACCCCCAUACAGCAAAAGCAUCUCCCACGUAUCCCGAUACAAAUCAGCUCCACCGUCACGCUUUCACGUCUCUCUACGACCCUCGUUUGUAAAUCUUUCGCUAUCAUGGCGGGCCACAGGAAAUUCGGAUCUGGACGUCUAUUUCUUUCUGUCCUUGGAGUUGUGACCUGGGUGGUGACUGCGGCCUCCACCGUUUACACCAUUCUCGAUGCUGCCUCAUUGGCUGUCGCGGGUCUCUCGUUUCGCGGUUUGGGCAUUGCUGCUGCCUCAUUGGACGUCGUUUCAUUAUGUUGUGUGGGGCUUUUCUUGAUGCAGUAUGCAUGGAAAAAAGACGGCAUUUGGCCCAACUCGAAACGAUUAAAGCAGACCCUAGCACUGACAUGCAUCACAUUGUCGGCUGUUUCCUUGAUUAUGUCUUUGAUCACUCUUAUUGUCAUCAAGCAGAACCAUGACGAAGUCUCGCGAAAGACGACGAGAAAUUGGACGGAUCGACUUCCAGCCAAGUUUGCCGUAUGGGCCACUUCAUGCAUCACUCAGAUGGCUCUGUACUCUUUCACCCUUGUCUUCAAACGCGUCUCUUCCAACACAUCCAAUACCUUUGUUCAACAACGUCGGGAAGAUCCCCGCGAUUCCGUCAUGCCCGAAAUGCAUCAGCAGCCACCUUCGACGGAUAUGCAAACUCUGGCCCCACUACAUGCUCACAAAGAGUCUCUUGGGUCUUUGCCGUCUCCCACAUUCUCUACACGCUCUUCGCAAUCACUCAGGUCAUGGCGGGAGUCCCUCCAACAAGUCGUCCGCCCUGUCACAUCUCGCACAAAACUCAUCCGAUCCUCAAUAUCACAAGGCCGGGACUCUCGCAGCGUCCAUUCGGACGGCCAAUCUUUCGAGGCCAUCCAAAACGAUGGUUUUGACGCAUGGGACACCUCAAGCGUGGACCCACAAACCCAAAACGCCAUCAUGGCAGCAAUUCCUUUUGGCUUGGAAACAAUACCAGGCUCGCGGCCUGCAUCUCCCGCCCACGCCCUCGACGGCCCCUUCGUAGAUUCACCUUCUGGCCGAUCCUCACCUGCUCUAUCGCUUCCGCCCAAAAUAUACACAGAUUAUUCUCGCCCACCAAGUCCAGCUGUCAGCGAGGCUCACAUCCAUCCUCUCUUCCGAACCGACUCUCCUACGCCAGCGCCCGCCGCAACACCUGGCACAAUCGUCCACGCAUCGCCGAUGAGUGGGUCGAUUAUUACUUGUCCCCCGCGUAUGCGCUCGAACAGCAGCAUGAGCAACAACCGCGCCACGAGCCCGGGUCGCCUCCGAAGCGACAGCCGCACCAACAGCCCAGCUCGCAUGCGGAGCAAUAGCCUCGCAGCGAGCCCAAGUCCGCUAGCACACUCGAAGAGCUUCCCAACGGGCUCAUCAUCACGAACGCCCAGCCCACCGAGCAGGGAGAUGACGCCGCCGAUUCCAGACUUCAUUCUCACGAGUAGCCCACGAAGUAGUUACGGCGGUGGGUCAGCGAGGCCGAAGAUCAGCCUGCAGGCUGAUAGAGGCCGGGCUUUGGUAUAACUGGCUAUACCUUUUGUAUAAUUUCUUUUGUAACGUAGUCGUAGUGGUGGGUAAGAGACGCUGGGGGGAUGAAUUAAUGUGUGGUCUGGCACUCUUUACGAAGGUUAACGACGUAUGCGGACGAGCUGGCUGGUUGACCCGGCUCGUAUACCCCCUCUUUAUGCAGGAUACACUGGAC